CUGCCUCCAACCUCGGCGCGCGGCGAAUUGGAUCACCACCAGUCCACCACCCCUCGAGAGUCACCCACCCAAGCAGCCAAGCUCCUCCAUGCAAUCCAUGGACUGCGGCAGCAGAGGCGGCGGCCGGCGCCUCAAGGACCGCCUCGCUGAGCUGCUCCGCCCGGCCAACUCUCUCCUCCGCUCCCCCUGCAGCUCCACGUCGUCCACCUCCAAGGCUUUCACGGCCACCGCCGCCGCCACUACCACCACCAUCACCACGAUGUCGACCUCCUCCACUUCCACUACCGCUGCCAACUACACCAUCGCCAGCGCCCUGAAGCUCGUCCCCCGCGCCGAGCCCUUCUCCGCCGCUCUCGACCGCCUGCGCCACCCUCCUCCCGAGCGCACGCGCAGCAACGACAAGGAGGGGAACUCCUCCUCCCGCCACGGCAGCCGGCGGCGGCGUUCCAAGAGCGUCGUCGAAAAGGCCGGCGGCGUCAGGACGCUCUCGUCCAACCCCUACGGCUUCACCUCUUCUGGCGAGGAGGAGGAGGAUGACACCGACGACUACUGCUACGGCGACGGCGACACGGAGGCCUUCAUGUCCUCGAAAAGCCUCAUGUCCUCCGACUCUUCCAGCUUCUACACGUCCAGGAAGCUGCCGCCACCACCCACGAACAAGAGCCGCCGCCAGCGGAGGAAGCGGCGGCGUUGUCGGCGGCCAGCGGCGAGCUGCGUGGCGGAGGCGUGCGGAGCCGGCGCCGUGAGGGAGCCGGGGUUCCGCCCGCUGGUGGCGACGACGGCGGCGGCGGCCGCCGAGGAGGUGCGGAGGGGGCUGGCGGUGGUGAAGCGGUCGCGGGACCCGUACGGCGACUUCCGGGAGUCGAUGGUGGAGAUGAUCGUGGGGCGGCAGGUGUUCGGCGCGGCGGAGCUGGAGCGGCUGCUGCGGUCGUACCUGUCUCUCAACGCGCCGCGCUUCCACCCCGUCAUCCUCCAGGCAUUCUCCGACAUAUGGGUCGUCCUCCACGGCGGCUAGCCGGGCGGUCGCCGGCGUAGUUGGAUCCAGUGCAUGCGCCUGAACUUAAUUGCGUAGGAGCCAGUCUUACUGAGAGUGGUUAGUUGGGAUGUUAAGUGGAGUAUUAACUAUGCUUGUUGAUGAGCAUGAGACGGUAGCUGUACUUGAUUGUGAGGCUAGCAAGCUUGAUGGCUGGCUGCCUGGCUGUGCCUGAUUGAUUAUCACGUUUGAAAGUUUGAUCCAAUGGCAAUAUCCUCUGUGUUAAAUAAGACUCUAUUAUGGGCAUACAUAUUUUUUCUUCUUC